GACUCAUAUGGUUCCUCGCUAUCUGAGUCCAUCAGCAGCUCAACCGGAUCCUGCUGGGCCACAACAGGAGACUAUCAUAAAUUAUUCUUAGUUUUACUAAUUAUUAAUGUUUUCCCUUUUAAUCCACUAUGUCCAGCAACUCCAGCCUUAUAGUAUUUAAUAUCUGUAAUGCUUUCUUGCCUAUGACAUUGGAUGAGUGUUGGAUGUGUUCAGAGAGGCACCUAUUGGGUAUUUCAGGCAAGGGAUAUUUUAAUAAUGGCGCCAUUCUUUUUUCAAGAGGCAACUGGACUUUCUGUUUUUUCUUUGAAGAAGUUUCGCUUCUUAUCCAAGAAGCUUCUUCAGCUCUUCAGGGACAACCAUGACCUGUAUCACUGAGAAUUUCCAGACUUUUAAUAACUGUCUUGCUUUUUGCUAAUGCAAAGUAAACUAUGGAAUGCAUGUUUACUCACUAGUCUAAAAGAAGUAAUUUUUUAAUGUAAAUCUGAGCAUACAUGGAGACACCUACUGUGCCUUCACUUGAGCAGAUUUGUGCUACUAAACUUGAUUGUACAACUGGUAUUGUUAGGUGUACUUCCUAAAUUGUUUUUGCUGGCUUUGCACAAGAAUAAAGUGGUGUAAUAGUCAAAUGACAAGGUCUAAGUCUAAGAGAUACUUUCAGGAACUCAGAAGUUACACACUUUGUUAAGCCUGUGCUGAACAAAAUGGAGGAAUGGGAGAGGAGUAUAAAAAGACCCUUGACAAACUCCUGGUGUUAGAUCCCACCUCACUAGCAAAUAUUCCCAGGUGACAUUCCAAAGAAGGAAGGCUGCAAAGUUAGAAAUUUCAGCCUCUUUCUUUGCCUAACAUGGCCUUAAGGCAAAUAAUCUAGGCCAGUAUACAAAUGUCUGAAUUAAAAAGAAAAAGAAACAAACACCACUGACAAUAACUCACAACAGACUAAGCAGAAUCAAGACUGGCACUUGGGACAGCAAAUUUUACGAGGGUAUAAUUUUCCGCAGACUUAAGAAAUCAGUCAACUGCAAUCCUGAAUCCAUUCCAUCUGGCAGCUCCCCAUUAAAUUACAUGGGUUCCUCUCGAAUAAUUCUUUCUUUAAGUGCCAGCAACACCCCUCUACUAAGAAUAAUAAGUUAGUUAGCUUUUACUGGGAUGUUGUUAUACCCGAGAAAAGCCCCUGGACUAACGCCUUACCCCGAAACACGCUACUGCCCCCAAAUCGCUCAGGCUCCAGGCAGCUUGGGAGUCAAGCCUCCCUGUUUUCCGGCGACUUCUGACUCUAAAGGACCGGGCCUCAGGCGUACCAAACUGAGAUCGCCGCCGCCAGCUUCCCCUCUCCAGGCCCGCCUCGCCCCCAGACCCUCAGCAACCGCCGCUGGAGGAGAAGCCUCGGCUGCCAAAGGAAGGCGGAGUCGGAAGCGCGAAAGCAACGCGGCCGCUGCAGGGCGGGCCCGAAAGCGGUUGGGGGAGGGGGUUAGAAACUGGCCGCGGCUGCUGCUCCUGCGAGAGGGGGUCUCGGAGCGAGCGAGCGAGCGGGCGGCAGGCGGGCAGGCGAGCGGACCUGUCUUUUGCCGAGCAGCUUGCGCCGCAGGCGCGUGGGGCCAGAGCAGCGUCCGCGGCAGGCAGGGAAGGCGAGCGGGCAUCGCGUGCCGCGGGUGCUGAGUGGGCAGCCGCAACCGCGGCAAGAGUGAAUGAGCUGCCCCCCGCCUGCCGCUUCUUCUUCCUCCUCCCUUUUCAGACGGAGCCGGCGGCCCGAGGUCGAGCUCGGACGUUGACGCCGCGGCGCCCAAAAUGGACGGUUUCGCCGGUAGUUUGGAUGAUAGCAUUUCUGCAGCAAGUACCUCUGAUGUCCAAGAUCGCCUUUCGGCUCUUGAACUGAGAGUGCAGCAACAAGAAGAUGAAAUCACAGUGUUGAAAGCAGCUCUGGCUGAUGUAUUGAGAAGACUUGCCAUCUCAGAAGACCAUGUUGCAUCUGUGAGAAAAUCGGCACCUGGUAAAGGUCAGCCUGCUCUCCGUGAAGCCACCUCUUUGUCCUGCAUCCCCAAUGGAAACCCAGGAAACAGAAAAAAUAACCAUAGCCCAGCUAUCCCUAUUGCUGGGAAAAAAACCCUCUCAUCUGUUGCUAAAAGCGGUACAGAAAAAAAGAAGGACAAACAUCAAGGACAAACAGAGAAAAAAGAGGACUCUCAUUCUAGUGAUCAAAACCCACAAUCUCAAGCAUCACCUUCUCCCCAACCCUCUGCACAGAUUCUCCCAACACACAGGCAGACCCCAGAAGUCAAGAGCUCUGCUCCAGGCAAAAGUUUGAAGAGAUUGUCAACAGUUGAAAAAUCACAAAGCACAUGGGAAAGUUCAGAAGACAGUCGUAAUAAAUUAAUAAGAGCAACUUCUGCAUCAAAAUUGAUACCCAAAAGUGGCAAGAAUGUAGAUAAACACAAAGAUGUGAUCGUCAGCCAAGAAGGCGAGUAUAUCAAGAUGUUCAUGCGGGGACGGCCCAUCACAAUGUUUCUUCCUUCAGAAGUUGACAAAUAUUACGAAAUCAAGACAGAGCUGCCCCCUGAGAAAUUAAAACUGGAGUGGGUAUAUGGUUAUCGUGGCAGGGAUUGUCGAGCUAAUGUUUACCUCUUACCUACUGGAGAAAUAGUAUAUUUCAUAGCAUCUGUGGUAAUACUGUUUAAUUAUGAAGAGCGGACUCAGCGUCAUUACUUGGGUCAUACGGAUUGUGUUAAAUGCCUUGCAGUUCAUCCAGACAAAAUAAGGAUAGCAACUGGACAGCUAGCUGGAGUGGAUAAAGAUGGAAGACCUUUGCAGCCCCAUGUUAGAGUAUGGGAUUCAGUGAGCCUAAUGACUCUACAGGUUAUUGGACUUGGAACUUUUGAACGUGGAGUGGGAUGUCUGGAUUUUUCAAAAGCAGAUUCGGGUAUACAUUUGUGUGUGGUUGAUGAUUCUAAUGAACACAUGCUGACUGUUUGGGACUGGCAGAAGAAAUCAAAAGUAGCAGAGAUAAAGACUACAAAUGAAGUUGUCCUGGCCGUAGCUUUCCAUCCAACUGAUAAAGGUACGAUAAUAACAUCUGGCAAAUCUCAUAUCUUUUUCUGGACUUGGAAUACAAAUUCAUUAACAAGGAAACAAGGAAUAUUUGGGAAAUACGACAAACCCAAAUUUGUUCAGUGCUUAGCAUUUUUAGGCAAUGGAGAAGUUCUCACUGGUGAUUCAGGUGGGAUAUUGCUUAUAUGGAGCAAAACUACUGUAGAAGGCACAUCAGGAAAAGGAUCAAAAGGUGUGUAUCAAAUCAGCAAACAAAUCAAAGCUCAUGAUGGCAGUGUGUUCACACUCUGUCAAAUGCGGAAUGGAAUGCUGCUAACUGGAGGUGGGAAGGAUAGAAAAAUCAUUUUAUGGGAUCAUGACUUGAAUGCUGAAAGGGAAAUAGAGGUUCCUGAUCAGUAUGGGACAAUAAGAGCUGUAGCAGAAGGCAAAGCUGAUCAAUUUAUUCUUGGGACAUCAAGAAAUUUUAUUUUGCGUGGAACAUUUAAUGAUGGUUUUCAAGUGGAAGUGCAGGGCCACACAGAUGAACUCUGGGGCCUGGGAACACAUCCGUUCAAAGACCUGUUUUUAACUUGUGCUCAAGAUCGUCAAGUUUGUAUGUGGAAUUCAGUGGACCACACUCUUGAAUGGACCAGGCUACUAGAUGAACCAGGACAUUGUGCUGACUUCCAUCCAAGUGGUACAGUGGUAGCGAUAGGAACACACUCAGGAAGGUGGUUUGUUUUGGAUGCUGAAACAAGAGAUUUGGUUUCAAUCCAUACAGAUGGCAAUGAGCAGCUUUCUGUGAUGCGCUACACAGUAGAUGGCACCUUUCUUGCAGUGGGUUCUCACGACAACUUCAUUUACCUCUACAUAGUAACAGAAAAUGGAAGAAAGUACAGCAGAUAUGGAAAGUGCACUGGACAUUCCAGCUAUAUUACACAUCUUGAUUGGUCCCCAGAAAACAAAUACAUAAUGUCCAACUCAGGAGAUUAUGAAAUAUUAUACUGGGACAUUCCAAAUGGCUGUAAACUGAUAAGGAACCGCUCUGAUUGUAAGGACAUAGAUUGGACAACAUAUACUUGUGUGCUGGGGUUUCAGGUAUUUGGAGUGUGGCCAGAAGGAUCAGAUGGAACAGAUAUAAAUGCCCUUGUGAGGUCCCAUAAUAGGAAAGUGAUAGCUGUGGCUGAUGACUUUUGUAAAGUCCAUCUAUUUCAAUAUCCCUGUUCCAAAGCAAAGGCUCCAAGUCAUAAAUAUAGUGCCCAUAGUAGUCAUGUAACAAAUGUCAGUUUCUCUCAUAAUGAUAGUCAUUUAAUUUCAACUGGAGGCAAAGAUAUGAGUAUCAUUCAGUGGAGACUUGUUGAGAAAGCAACUUUGCCACAGAAUGAUACUGCUGUAGAAAUGGCCACAAACAAAGUGCCUGUAACUGCCAGAGACAGCUUUACACAGCCAAGCAUCCCUGUAUCCCUUAUUCAACCCUUGGAUGAACUGGCAGCCAGUGAAAAUUUAAUGGAUGGCUUUUCACCGUCCUUCGAGAGUGACGUGGAACAUACUGUGAAGACCAAUGAAGAGCAGAAUGAGGAGCAAAGUGAGGGAAGCAGUCUGGAUCCAGGAGAGCCAAAUUGUGAAGAACCAUCUAGUGAAAUGAGUGAGGAACCGAGUGAAUCCACUGUUAUCAAAGAUCAGCAGGAAAACUCUCCAGUGUCUUAUCAACUUGAAGCUCAAGAUGAUCUUUAAAUAGUUUCUCUCCGUGCACAUUGUUUUGUAAAAAAAAAAAAAAAAAGAGGGUUCAAGUAAGGAAGGGAAGCAGCUCUGACAUGGAGCACUCAAGUUUCUGUGGAAGCCUUGUUAGUUUGAUCUACUUCUAUUUGGAUUAUUGUAAGGACUCAUUUUGACAGUUCUAGUCAAGUGCUAAAUAGAAAACUAGAAUGUUAUCUUAGGUUAAAUAUAAUUCUGAAAUUGCUAUGAGAAAGAGGCAUGAUACAAAUAACUAAGGAAGAGUUCACUGAGAAAAGCAGGUAGAGAAUAUUGUGGGAAAGAACUAUAUUCAGAAGCAUUAGGUAAUAAUAUACCUGCUAUGUAAUGUAACCCUGAUGAAAACCCUUCAAGAAGCUCUCCUUUCUUUUUUUACAUUAAAAAGAGAAGGAGAGGAGAAUAACACAACACCAUAAUGGCACAUACAGUGCUGUGCUUACUGCCUUCUUGAUUAAUACCUAUGCAAUUUUCUAAAACUAGCAAAUCUUACUAGCCGCUACUUUGGUUGCUGAUUGUCCUAAGACAACUCAUAUUAAAGUAUACUUCUGUUUGUUCCAUGAUAAUAGAUCUUAAAAGAACCAAAUUAAGAUGGCAACUUCUGCUUAGUUUUCUACCCAAUGACUGCUAUACGUAAUUUCAAGGAACUACUUGCAUUGACAUAUUAAAAUUCAAGAGCACCAACUGUGACUAUAAUGCAAACUGACUUAACUUCAUUAAGAUAAAUGUUUUAAUUCUCAAGUUCAAAUCUGACCUUCAGAUACAAUUAGUACUGUCAAUAAGAGAUUAAAUAUUAGAGAAAUAGCAUUAAGCUAUGAAAUCUAAUGCUUGGGAGUUAUGUAAUGAUUGAUUCAAUUAUUUAAAAAAUUAGGAAUAACCUUAAAAUAAGGAAUUUUCACAUAGACUUUUUUACAGCCAUCUUUUUAAUAGCUGUAAUAUAAAUGCCCCAUUUUCUUGGAUAAUGUUGGCUAUUUUUGAAUUUUUUUUCUCUAUCUCUGUGUUUCUUUUUUCUAUUGUCCAAUUUUGUAAGCCGUGCAGCUCAGAGAUAGCUGGACCUGGCCAGUUAUGGGAUAUCAUGGCAUUUUAGUAUGUGGUAAAAAUACCUUUUUUUUAAAAAAAUGCAUCAGCUACAUUUUUUCUUAAAUACCUAGGUUUUCCUGUUUAAACGUUUGUUGAAAAACAUCCUACUUUAUAUUUUACUUACAUAGGAUUUUUUAAAAUUGUGCUGAUAUUUUAGACCUUAUUUAGAAGUUGUGUUUAGAAACCUUUGUUAAGUCUUAAGCGUGCAAGCGUUUACGUGAAUGUGCCAUUCCAAAGUGCAUCAGAACUGUCAUUCCCUUCUAUUAACUUCUCAGGAGUAAAUACUACAGAUCAGGUAUGUAAUCUACACUAUUCAUCAGUGGAAACAUUAACAAUUGAUGUGGACUCCCAAGGAACAUAAAGACUGUCACAUACAGAUACAUACAGGUGCACAUAGAUCUUUGUUUACAUCCAUUCCGGAAAACCUCAACAUAAUUAUCUUCAGAAACCACGAUGUGAAUUCCAAGCAACUGCUCUCUUUUGCUUUAUCUAAAAAGCUGUACUGUUAAAUGCUCCAGUGUAUGAUUGGCCACUUUGCCAAAUAGUCCCUGUGGGCAAUACGAAUACAAAUACUGCAUCAAGAUAAUGGAUUCCUUUGGAAAAGUGGCAUCUAUCUGCAAAGGAGGAGGCCCAUUUUCAGUGAUGUACAAUUUCUGGUCUGCUUCAGUGAGUUCUAUAACCACCCAUAAUAGAUGGAGGAAAAGAGGGAGAAAGGGGAUUCAUUAAACAUUCUCCCCCAUAUUUUUGUUCCACUCUAUUCUACAGGGAGAGAUUAACUGAAUAAUGCAGCUUUUAAAAACAUAGUAAGGUAAAAUAGCUCUAGUAAUUUUAGUUAACAUGAAAUGGAUUGUAGAACUCAUCCUCAGUGAGUAACACAAAAACAGAGCAUUUUGUUUGGAUUUAUCUAUUAUCUUGAGGUUGCCAUAUAAAGUGAGAAUUAGUUGUGAUUUUCCUCAUGUUAUAGAUUAACAGAUUUUUUAAUGCCAAAAAAAAAGAGAAAAGGAAAAAAAAGCCUUACAAUUUUUGAUUGCUGGCAACUACUGUUCAAUAAAUAAUUAAAUCUGUGAUAAUAGAAAUGGGUGGGAUUAUGUUAACUGUAAAUGUUUUAGGGUAAAAUUGUGAAUGAAAUAUGAUUUGAGUGUGUCAUGUGAAGAUGUUUGAGCCAUUCUGUCUAUCAUGCAUUCCUGUCUCAUGGCAGAAAAAUCUGAAGAUUUAAAAUAAUAAUAAAAAUACAAGAAUCAA